GAUUUCCAUAACCUCAAAAUAUUUGACAGCUCGUGUUACGAAAUUAUUGUGAAAUUAUUGUAUUUUAACAGCUGCUAAAAGUGUUAUAAUUAUAAAUAUAAAAGUAAUUGCUAAAAAAUAAUUUUAAAUUCUACUUUAAUUAUUUCUUAAAUUGAAAAAUUUAUCUUCUCUUCCAAGUGUUUAAAAAAGUGAAAAUACGCGUCUCAAGCCAUAAACACGUGCCUGUUGUUUUUUUCGCAUCGAGGAAUUUUGCCAAUCAUCAAAUUUCAAAAAGAUAAAAAAAGAAUAGCAAGUGAUUCUAUAAUUACACACAACAAAGAUAUUUUGACAAAUGAUUGUCGUAAAAUCAGGAUCGCACUAUAAAAUGACUGUUAACUUGUUGAAUGUUGUAAUAUUCUACGUCUUAGGAACAAAUCGAUUGCAACAAACGACUUUUCCAUAGUGAUUGCUUAAAAUUACUCCUUUUUUGAAAAAUUUAUUCGAAUUUAUUUGAAUUGAAAAAUAUAUUUGAAAAUAUUUGAGAAAAAUUCUUAUUUAAAUAGAAAAAGCGGAAAAACUGAAAAAUGUACAAAAUUUCGCAAAAAAAUUUCCUGGGCAACAUUACGAUUGAAGUACGUCCACGUCUUCGUUCAUGUAUUGUUUUUAUUUAUAUCGGUGACAAAGAUCCAUCAUUAAUUGAUGUGAAACUAUCAGAAACAAAUAUAACAAUUACCUGUGAGAAAUUAUCGAAAAGUUUAAUAUUACCAUCGGUGAAAUUACUUCCAACUUCAUUGUCAUCAUUACGAAUCAGCAGCAAAUGGAUUUCAUUUCGUGUCCAAACAAAUCCGGACACUAUUUUUGGAACAUUCAAAACAGAAAUAAUGAAUGACAUUGCAAAAACAAUUGUCGUGGAUAAUUCGAAAAAAUACAAUUUACCAGCAAUUGGAUCAAAAUGUUGUUUACGUUGCAAAUGUUGUGAGAAUAUUAUAACAAUUGUCAUAAAUUGCAAACGAGUUUUACCAUUGCCAGACAGAGAUUGUGAUCCCGGUGAAUGGUUUUGUUGUAAACACAGCACAAAAGUUGAUUUUGCUAAACUAUUAAAACCACAGGAGACCGAUUAUUUUUACGGUUCAGCAUUUUCAGUGAUAAAUAGUAGGAAUUUUCGAAAUUUGACGGAAAAAUACAAUACAAUUUUGUGUAAGAAAUGUUUAACUAUUUUGGGAAUGAAGGAGGACAAUGAAUCGAUUAGAAUUUGGAAUUUUUGCGUUGAACGUCAAAUUAAUGAUGAAGAAUUCAAGGUGAUUUGUCAUUCGGCAUUGGAUGAAUUUAUAGCGACAAUAAAAGAUUGCAGUGAAAUAAUGGGCGAGGAAAUUCUUUUGGAGAGUUUAGAGGGAAAUACGACUCAUUAUAUUUUAAUGAAACCAAUGGAAUGGCAAUUGGAAUUAUUGACAGAGGCAAAUACCAAAUGGGAAGGUGAAUCAAUUCGAUUGCAAAAAACGCGGGUAAUUAAAGUAUUUUAUAAAUAUGGCGAGAGUGGAAAAUCGGUGAGAAAUGAAUUUGUUCAUUCGAAAUAUUAUUUAAUUGCCCUACCUCUUCUAAUGGCGGGAAUUGAGCAUUUAAUUUCUUCGACGAAACGAUUUCCACCUUCGUAUCGAACUGUUGCGCAAUAUUACGUCGGUUUUAUAAAUUUGAAAAAUUCUUUUCUUUCUGGAAUUUAAUUAAAUUUAGUAAAAAAAUAUGUUCUUUUUUGUAAAAAGUGUAAAAAAUAAGAUUUUUGAUAAAAGCUAAAUAAAUUUAUA